AUGCUCCUGAGCGGCAUCUUUGGGAAAGUUGGGGCGAUGCUUGCCAGCAUACCCACCCCUGUGAUCGGAGGCAUGUUCCUUGUGAUGUUCGGAGUUAUCACGGCAGUGGGGAUUUCGAAUUUGCAGUACACAGAUAUGAACUCCUCCAGAAACAUCUUCAUCUUUGGAUUUUCUGUAUUUGCUGGCCUCACAAUUCCCAACUGGGCAAGCAAAAAUAGUACACUGCUGCAAACAGGAAUCAUCCAGCUGGACCAGGUGAUCCAGGUGCUUCUCACCACUGGCAUGUUUGUGGGUGGACUCCUGGGGUUUUUCCUUGAUAACACCAUUCCAGGAACACAAGCGGAGCGGGGGCUCCUGGCGUGGAAGAACAGCCACAAGGGAGAGGCGAGCAACUCUCAGCUCAUUUCCAAGGUCUAUGACCUUCCAUUUGGUAUAGGCACCAAAUACUGUGCUGUCUCUUGGUUUCGGUAUCUCCCCGCUUGCCCCAAAAGACUACCUGGUGUCAAGGGAACGGAUGAACUGAAGGCUGCUGGACAGGAAAGCGGUGUUAAAGCAAGCCCAGAAAGAGACUCUGAGAUAGGUGCUGAUACAAGGAUAUAA